AUGGCAGAGUUACCAGGAUAUUUUCGUUACUGCUUAAACACAGGGAAACUUGUCCUUCUGGCAAUUUUGGUCUCCGGAGGAGUCGUCUUGCAAAUUUUGGCAUGUGCCUUGUAUAAUAAUUGGUGGCCAAUGAUAACCGCCAUAACAUAUGUUCUUCUUCCAAUGCCUUUGCUGUUCUUUGCGGGAUCUGAAAGUUCUUUAUUUUCUGAAUCAGAUAGCAGGUGGGUGAAUGCAACCAAGUUCUUAACUGGAGCUUCAGCUGUUGGAAGCAUUGCCAUUCCAACCAUUUUAAAGCAUUCUGGAGUUAUUGGUUGGGGAGCCCUUGCUAUGGAAUUCUCUUCCUUCUUUGUGUUUGUAUUAGCCAUGAUGUGUUACAUUCGGAUGAAUGGCGAAGAUGAUUACAGUAUACUUUGA